AAUUUAAGCAGCAUAUUUUUUCGACUUGAAAAUUUAAAAUGCGCCACACUUUCUUGUCUCUGCAAACAUUCUCAAAAGUAGAGUGAUGCGCGUCGACUCUGGGCAAAACACACAAGGCAGCAGCAGCAGCGCGGCGCGUACAAUUUUUCCCCCGCCCGAGGUUGCUUUUAAUAAUUUUCUACAUUCAAUCCGCCGAUCAGUUGGUUAGGUUACGCUAUUGCAUUAAGAUCGUGUCGCAGCUACUCUCGACCGUGGCCUGUGUUUCUUCUUUUUUUUAUUUUUAUCUCUCGUACUUAAUGAAAAAUAAAUAAGAAUAAUAAAUAAAUAACUUUGUACACAAUCACUUAUCAAUAAAGCGAUUUGAUUUGUACUUUUACAUAUAUACAUCAUCAAAACCCACACUCAAACACAAUUAUUUAUAAUAAUACUAUUUAUUCAUUGAUAUCGUUUUUUGAUAAUUGAAUUAUCUCGUUCAUGCGGUAAACGGGGAGAGUACGAUAUUUUGAUUAAACUCUUGUUCAUAUUAUAUCCGGCGGCAACCAACAACACACUGAUAAGACUUUUUGGUCCCAAUGAUUUAUGUGUCAAUGCUUCUUCGCUAUAAUUAAUAAAUAACAAAGUGAAUAAAAUAUAACAACCACUUUUUUAAAAGUUUAUCAAAAAUAACCAUAAUCUGUCGAUGAUAUUAAUAAAAAAAAGUAGACAUACCUAAAUAUGUACACACUCGUACCUACAAGUCUUUUGGAAUUAUUGUUAUUGUGAGUUUGUGAAAAGGUCUUUAUAAAAAUACGCCUACAAAAAUCUCUACGUAUCAACAUUGAAUAAAAAACAAAAAAUAUAAAAAAUAGAUUAAAAAUAAAAUAAAAACAAGAUCAUUCAUAAAGGUUGUAGCCCGAGUCGUCUGUCGAUUACCUCGUCUGUCUUCUCUCAAUCUUAAUAUCCCGUGGUGGAUGUCAUCAAGCCUUCCCCCAUAGAUACACACAAUCAAGAGCAAGCGAAUAUGUAAAUACAAUGAACGGGAUCGCGCGUUGGAUAUCAGAAACAAUAUGUCAAAUGAGAAAUGACAUGCGCCAUCGAUAGAGUAUUUAUUAAAGUUAUUCUUACAGGUCCCCAGUGUCACCUUUUGGCCAGUGUAAAGGCCACUUCCAAGCCAGCAACCACAACAACUUACCUACCACCACAGACCGUCUUAGGUAGUGUUAAGCAAAACAGCAACGGGAAGCCCCAGCCGAACGUGUGUUUGAGGGUUAGGUCGAAUUGAAUGACAAUUUGCCAAAAAAAGAAAACAAAUAAAAUAAAUAACAAAACAUUGAAAAACAAAAUAGAACUGAAAUAAACGCGAAAUACAAAAGAAAACAAAAUAAAAAUAAAAAUAAAACAAAAUCCCAAUAACGCAGAAGUAGAAUUAAAAAGUAAAGUGUUUUUGUGUCGUCUGCGAAGCGGCGCGGCGUGCACUGUAUCUCAACUACAUUUUACCAGCUGACCCCUCCUAAAACUCAAACACCCCUAGAGAUAGCCUCCGCUAAGUGACUAUCUGACGGAUACCCCCGCUCGCUCUAUGCUCGUCCGUUCCGACGGAGAUACAUAACAAACGCUGCCCUCCGUCCAUCCGUCGUCAGUCUCGUCUUCGUCGUCGUCUCGCAGUCGUCCGUCGGUCGUUGUCGUCGUCUUUGGUUGCCCCAAUAGCCGCACAUCGCUGUCGCCGUGGUCACUUCACAAUUGUAUACGAAAGCUCUAUUAUCUCUCUCGCACACACAGCAAGAAGAAUAUCAACAGCUCCUCGUUGCUGACUCUGAAACUCAAACUGAAGGAAGGGGAAACAAUCUUGAACUCUGACCGAUGACCCGAGCUGAACCCUUUUCUUUAGUGCAUUUUAAUGUCAAUGUAAAUGAAAUAUUUUUGUUGUAGUUUCGUGUCGUUCUUCUCUUCUUCUUCUUCUUGUUCGUUCGUAAUUUUAUUUUGAUGAAAAUGAAACUUAACUGUAUGUGUUCAUAUUCAUACAAAGCCGCAUUCUACACUAAGUAACUGUAGGUGGAACUAUCAGUCGAUUAAGGUUCCACAAGUCACCAACCAUUCUACGGGCUUCGGUGUCUGUAUCGCUGUCGGUUCGGUUUGCGUAGAAAAUCGUAAAGUUAGUGCAAGCAUUUUGAUGUUUAUGUGACAUAAAAGCAACCUUCAGAUUCAAUCGGAAUUCGAACGGAACGCCAAUAAUAAUUUUGAAUCAUAGUGCGAAGUCAUUUGAUCGAAUCUCAGUCUCAACUUAUUAUGAGAACAUAGUGAUCCUAUUAAAUGUGCGUAUUACAACUACUCCGACCUCGACGAGUUGUUCAAAGUUUGGGGCUGGUCACAAUCGCAAAUACCAGUCCUUCACAUAAAUUAUAUACUUCUAGUUCUUUUUUUGAAUAAGUUAGAUAAGGUUUGUGGAGAUAGAUAUUUAUCAAAAGACUUACCUUGCCUUCCUAUCGCAAUUUGAAAAAGUUAUUAUUACCUAUAAAAAAGAAAAACAAGUGAAAAUGUGCUACUUAGUGAGUGCCAAUGAUGGACAAUGAAGGAAAUUGAUACUGAAGCUCCAGUUGUAUGGCCCGCAUGGUGUUAUUCAGGUAAUAUCGCAACUGACGUUCCAAAACAAACUCCUCGAGCUGCAAGAACAACAUCAUCAUCUUCCUCCUCCUCUUCUUCUCUUUUAUCUUCAUCAUCGCCCGAAACACCAAAAACCUCGUCGUACAAUCCAACUACUGAUUUAGCUUCGACUCCAGACUUAACCAACGAUCCAGACAGUCUCCUUUUGGCCAACAAAUUCGGCACCAAACGAAAGAGCCACUUUACAAAGAAACAAUUAUUCACUGAAAGUGUUGAUGACAAUGACACUGAACAACAUCGUCAUCCGAUUAUAAAAAAGAAAAAGAAAGAAAAAGGAAUUGUUGGACUUGGUCAAAAAGAACACUCAUUUACUCUGUGUCCACCGCAGCAUUCUAAAGGUAAGGCAUCAGCGCAAGCGUUUCAUACCGAGAAGAUGCUUAGCGAUCGAAUGCUCCUGAGCGGAUAUAACGCAAUCGAAAACAGUAGACAACUCUGUGAUAGUUCAUCGUCGGCUUAUUUAUUCUUGGAGAAAGUGAAGAAUGAAAUUCAAAUGGAGUCCUUGAAGGACAGUGAAUUGACAAAUAAUAAUAAUGUCGUGAACAGUAGCAACAACAAUAGCAACCCCAGUAAUAGUAACAACAACAAUAAUACAAUAAAUAAUAACAAUUCGAGUGGAAAUUGUAGUAUAAAUAAUGUGAGCAGCGUAAUCAGCAACAAUAAUAGCAAUAGUAAUUCAAAUACCAGCAACAAUAGCGUGAAGAGGGAAAGACUUAGUCCGGGCACGAAUGGCGAUGCGCAGUUUUCAUUGUCGAGAUCUCGAAGUGCGACUCCAUCGUCAUUUCGAGGAACACCACCCCAGGCGGCUCACCCAAACAACGAUUUGCAACUGCACAAUCUGUCAACGAAUUUGCUUUCGCAAAUUCAAAAUCGUAGCUCAGAAUUUUCAACACGAAACUACUCAGAUUUUAUGCGUAGUUUAGCCGCAAAGUACAACAAUAGUAAUCCAAAUGACUCGGGAACAUCUCGACGGAGUACAUUUUUUGAAAAUAGCAAACUUAGUCAACCUAUCAAGCCUGCGGCAAAUAGCAACACCAAUCAUGGCAGUAGUCUCAAAGAACAAACAUCACCUUCGGAGUCAGCAAAGUCUGCACAAACAAUACAAAAUUUAACGACGAGCACAUCGAGCGUACCUCCUUUUGUACAAACUUUUCUUUCAAGUCUUCCCUUUUCCCCAGGAGUAUUUCCUCCUCUAAUUGAUAUGAGUAGCACGCAGGCGUUAGUUACUUUGGCUCGAGCUGCAAAAGAAGCUGAAAUUAAAAACAUUCUUAUGUCAGCACAAAAAAGAACAUCCCUGUCAUCAACGAACACAACAUCAAGUUCACCCGGCCCAAAUCUUAACGCAGCGUUACAACAAGCUGCACAAUUUGCAUCCCCUGCUCUACUUUAUUCAGCACAGUUGCAGCAGCAACAACAACAACAGCAACAACAACAAUCACAAAAUCGACAAUCUAGUCCAAAUCAAGAAACAUCUGCUAAUAGUUCAGGAGAGAAACAUAUGACUGCAUCACCGUUAGAUCUAAGUUCAGCACCACCAACAAAACGUUUUAAGGCUGAAUCCACUUCGAGUGGAGGUUCAGACAAAAGUCCGAAUUCAGAUAAUGUACCAGAAACUAGCAUCAGUGCCAGUGCCGCAAGCAUAGGAGCUACUACAUCGAAUCCUGCGAGUUCACCAAAAAUCGGAUCAAUUGCUGCAACCGCCGGAUCGAAUGCAACUGUCAUAAGUGAAGCGUCUGGAACAGGUGCCACAACAGCAUCGUCAAUACCAGUGUUGCCACUCCGGCAGUGUCAGGCGCAGAGUGAUGAAGUUAAUGCAUGGACUGUCGAAGAUGUGUGUACAUUUGUUGGCAAUAUUGAUAUUUGUGUGACGUAUGUAAAGAACUUCCGAGAACAGUGCAUUGAUGGUUCUGGCCUACCCCUACUCACAGAAGAUCACCUUAUGAACCAAUUGGGCAUGAAACUCGGACCUGCUCUAAAACUUAAAUCUAUGUUGGCUAAGAAAUUGGGUGGACCUUGUCCAUGUGUAUCGUGUUCGUCACAGGCACAACUACUGGCUGCAGCACAAGCUGCGGCCGUAACGGUAGCAACAUCUUCCACAUCAGCUGUACCGACGCCACCUAGUGGAAUCACAGGUACAAAUCAACAUCAUCAACAGACACAGCAAUUUAAUGCUAGAAACUCUGCCACCUGCAACCACAGCAUAAGUCAAACUCCAUCAACAACGGCUUCGGCGGCGGUGGUGGCAGUGGCAAUGGCCCAGAGGAAAAAUAGUUCCUGUGGAAGUAUUCCGCGACCAAGUAGCGCGGAUUCAGAAAGUUAGUUUCUGAUGUUUGUAAAUUUCUUUAUUUUUUGUAUAUAAUUCUUAUCUUUUUAUUUUAAUUUUUUUUAAAUUCAUUAGUAACUUUUUUCUAAUGACUUAUAUCCUCCAAAUAAGGAUAUUAAAAAAAAAAAAAACAAAAAUUGUAAAAAUAUAAUAAGUUGUAUAUUUUUGUAUUUCAACAAGUCUAAAGGUCUUCCAUGAAGUUGUAGUUAAGUUGUCGUUGACGAAUUAAAUUUAAAUAAUCCUUAAUAACUUUGCUAUAAAUCACCAUUAAGACUGGAGCACACAUAAAAGUUGAAUUUUUUUCUUCAGGAUUAUACUUUUUAGUUUUCAUUUUUCUUGCGUAAAACUACUAUACUAUUUAGAAAACCACUUAUUAUUAUAUUGAUUAAAAAAAAAACAAUUGAAAAAUAAUUUAUAGAAGUUUUAAAUAUCGCAUUUAUUUAGACAGAGUUGCACAAAAAUUGUUUCCUUUUUCAUACGUUAAGUUUUUAUGUUAUCCAAAAAUAUGAAUAUCCAAUAUCCUCGGACAGGGAAACUUUUAAACGUUGGGGUUGAUAACAGUUGUUUAUUAACGCUGGUUAUCCAAAAGUUUAAAAAUUACAUGUUUAUUAAUACAGUCAAACUUCUUUAUAAUGAACCUUCAAGGGAACACAAAAUUGCUUCUAUGAAAAAUUCGUUCUUUAAUUUUUUCAAAAAAAGUAUACAAAAAAUUAAUUUUAUGUUUUUUUGUAUGUCUUCUUAUUUUUUAAUAAAACAUAUCAAUUUUCGAUUGCUUAUGAACAGUUCAUUUUUGUUUUAUUAUAAAAAUCUUCCAAUUUAGUAAGGUAAAGAUAUAUGUACAUCAUCUGAGGUUUCAUCUCUUGUUUCAAUAAAACUUCGAAUAUUAUAUAUCAAAUGCAGCUCUCAUAUAAUUAUCGUUGGGUUUUUUUUCGAAUAAAUUCGAUUUCAGCACUGACAUCUAAUGAGCUGUUGACUUCUGUUUGAAUUUUCUUCGAAAAACUUUAUAAUUUUGCAUUCAUUGUUUAAAAUUGUCGACAAUGUACUAAACGAUACACCAAAUUUUUCUGCAACAUCUUUUUUCUUUUCUCCCCUUUUAACUUUUCAGUCAUCGAUAAUUUCUCUGAUACCGGAAUAGCUUUGCGCUUCGACAUUUUGGCAACAAUUCUAGAACUUAAAAUGGUAACUCAAACAAUUUCUGAUACACAUCUUUAAGAAAAUUCUUCCCAAAACGGGGAGUUGCCUUUUAAAAUAAGGAAUAAAAAUCGUAGUAAACUUUGUUUUCAAAUUUGAAAAUUGACAUUUCGUUAUAAAGAAACAACUUUGCUUUCGGGCCACAAAAUUAGUUUCUUAUAAAGAGAAUUUACUAUAAAGAAUUUCGUUAUAAAGAACCUAAUUCGUAAGGGAUAUUUCUUAAGGGGAAGGGGAAUAAAAUGAAGUUCGUAAUAAAGAAGUUUGACUGUAGUUGCUGUUUUUAAAUACAAAUUACAUAAACAAUGCAGCUGCAUGGGUAAACGAUGUCCUAAAUCCUUGUCCAUAUUAAAAUUAGUUCUUUAGCCGUACUUUUCUUUAAUUGUCAGGUUAAUAUUAGAAACGCGACUUAUUUCUGAUUUAGAGUUCAAAUUGAUACCUAUAAUAUCGGGUUUUUCAAUAGGGACUUGACAACAAACUUUGAACGCUCCCUUUUAAAUAAUCACCAGUAAUGUCAGUGUACUUUUUUAAGUAAAUUCAACAUUUUUGUCAUGAUAAAAUACAAAAACGAGGAACGUAUCCAAAUUAUAAAAAUGUUCUACUUAUUCGUAGUCGGUGACCUUAAGAACGUUUUUGGCUCUUUUUUUGGUCAAUGGUUUUACCACUUCACCCACAAAAAAUAACUGUUUGGUGUGGUUUGCAUGCCUUCCUGGGGUGUUAUUGGGUCAUAUUUUGCCUUCGACGAACUAUCGUCACGUUACUUUGAAUGGCCAGCCACGACAAGCCAUUUAUGGAAGAGCAAGUAAUCUCGAUUGGCCACCUCGUUCGAACGGUUUAACGCCUCUUAACUAUUUUCUUUGGGGCUUUACUUUAAGUCAUUGGUCUUUGCUAACACGCCGAAGACUCGAUAUGUGUAACCAAGUCAGGGAAUAUUGGUUUGAAACGUACUUCUUUCAUUGUUGAAGUACAACGAUAAGAUCCGAUGAUAACAUUUUUGAAACACCUCAACUGGUUUCCGUUUAAUUUAAAAACAAAAAUUGUCAAGUUCUUAUUGCAAGGCCCUUUACUUAAUUAAAACUUAAUAGUUAUGAAAAAUGUAUAUUAAUGAUAUCACAUUGAACGCUGUUACUACUCAACCGAUCCUAAGAUUGUAAGAAUUUAAGUACAUUAAGUCUAGCUUGAGAGGUAGAUGAAAUAAUGGAUUUAAAAAUAUUGCACUUAAGAUUUGUUUAUAAAAACUCAUUUUCUCUCUUUUUUGCCCAAAUCGACCCAAAAGUAAGACAAUUAUUUGUAUGGAGAUUGCAAACUUAAUGCGAGUAAAGCUUGAAAAUGAUCCAUCCAUUUAUGAAUAUUAGAAACAGUUAAAUAGGAUCUAAUCGGAAUAAAUUAUGAAUAGGAUUGCCCAACUGAUUCUGUUGAUACUGUUUUCCAAAAUGUGAAUAAAAACGCAGCCGUGAAUUUUUUCUUCAGUUUUCAUAAACCAUUUGGAUUAUUUGGAAUGCCGUCACAUGUUUUAACCCAUACAUAAAUUAUGUACCGUUUAAUAUUUGUCUUAGCAAAAGAUCUCUAGAAAUGGUACGAAGAAACUUUUGUCAACUAGAGAGAUCGUCUAGGAAAAAUCGCUUACCACGUAUUCUAAUGGGAGCAUUCAUUUCAAAAAAGUUUUUGAUAUUGUAUUGGUUUGGCUUUAGUGUUGACUUAAAGCUAAGCUCAAGGCCAAACAAUGUCCUUUUGGGCCUUAGACUUAGAAAAUCUAUGCUUCUUCCAUGACAUACUCAUGUGUAAGAAGGCCAACAUUUAUAUUCGCAAUAGGUUUCAAAUAAAUUCUUUGCAUUCAUUAGACCGAAAAUUUAAUAUCUGACCUUUUUCGCAUUAUUAAGAAUGGCUUAUCUCAAAUUUAAUUCAACAUGUACUAAAAAAGUUACAGCAACGAGUGGACUGGUCAGCCAGUCCACGAUCACAAAUUCGUUUAUCGUGUAACUUAAGCAAACCCCCGAAAAGCAUUUUGUCUCUGUCGCCAUUAAAUUACUAACUUAAAUUUCUUUCAAUUUUUUU